UUACAGUUAAUUGUCAUUAUAAUAAUUUAAGCUCUACACCAGCAUAACCAGCUUAAGUGUUAAAAAAUCAUGUUAGAUAUUUUGUUUCCUCUGCUGUUAUGCUUGUAGCAUUAAAUUACCAAAACGCAAAACUUAGUUUGUACUGUCUAAAUAUGGCGGAUACCACGUGAACAGUGUGACAGGUUUUCCCCUUUAAAGCUGAUACAGGAAGACCUUAAACCACAAACUACUUCCUCAUUUAAGUAGAAAAUAAGGCAGUUAUCAUAACAUGAUGUUUCAGUUCUGCUGUCUUAUGUUUUGCUUUCAUAUUGCUGCCGUUAUUUAACAUGGAUCUCAACUUCAGAAACGCUAUGACCUUCCUGGGUGCAUUGCUCCUGUUCUUUCUUCAGACAAUCUACAGGCCAUGUCAAGCUAAGGAGCACAGUUCUCUGCGUUUUGUUGGUAUUGGAGACUGGGGUGGCAUUCCCUUCUCUCCGUUCUACACAACUCAUGAGCAGAGGAUAGCUCAGGAACUGGGUAGAGUUGCUGAAAGUGUGGGCUUGGACUUUGUCUUGAGCUUGGGAGAUCAUUUUUAUUACAAUGGAGUCAAGGACAUCGAUGAUAUCCGCUUUAAGGCUACAUUUGAGCGUGUGUUCUCACAUCCAGCUCUGAUUGCUAUUCCAUGGUAUUUGGUAGCAGGAAAUCAUGAUCACUUGGGAAACGUGUCGGCUCAGACCGCAUAUUCGACCAGAUCGGAGAGAUGGCAUUUCCCUGAGCUCUAUUAUGAGCUGCAAUUUAAGAUUCCUCACACCAACACCUCCAUGACAGUCCUGAUGUUAGAUACGGUGGUUCUGUGUGGCAACACUUAUGAUGGAAGCCAGCCCCAAGGACCAGAGGACCUCACUCAGGCAGAGCAACAGUUUCAGUGGAUCGAGAGGACGCUGCAAAACACCAAGUCUGAGUAUGUAAUAGUGGCUGGCCACUAUCCCGUGUGGUCCAUGGGUCACCAUGGUCCUACUCCUUGUCUGGUAAAGAAAUUAAGACCACUGCUGAAGAAGUACAAUAUCACUGUGUAUCUGAGCGGCCAUGACCAUAAUUUACAGUAUAAUAGAGAAGAUGAUGGAAGUUCAUUUGUUGUCAGCGGAAGCGGCGAUGUCCUGGACAACUCCACUCAUCACAGGAAGAGCUUCCCAUCGUCUUGGCAAGUGUAUUCUAGUGCUGUGAAUCACACCUUAGGCGGUUUUGUGUACUUUGAGGUGACAGAGAGCAAGAUGUCAAUUAGUUACCUGCAGUUAGAUGGGAAGUGUGUGUAUCAGACCUCUUUGCCCAAACGUACUAUAUGACAGGCUAAAACAGUGUUAAUAAUGAGAAUGGUCCUGAAUUAACUAAGUAAAACUGAGUUCAUUUGAAUGAGCAUUGUUGCACCUAAUCUGAUCAUUUAUUUCAAUGUGUUUUCUCAAUUGAUUUUUUUAUCCACAUUUUAUUUAAAAAUAUUUUUUUACUGCCAUAUCUUGGUAAAAAAAAUUCAUGUUCACUAUUAAUCACAGAGAUGUAGAGUUAAGCACAAUGAAAAAAAAAAGAAAUUGUCCACUUGUCAGAACCUCAUUUGGCUGAAACAGUGUAAAAAACAACCAACACACAGAUCUACAUUAACGUAUAAGAUUUAUUUGACAUUCAAAAUGUAAUGAAAAAGCAAAUUUUUUACUUUUUUCCAUAGAUUUCACAUUUCUACAAACACAUGGGUGUUUUGUGUCUAUGAU